ACGCCGCGGAUAUUUCGUGGUUUCGUGUUGUGAUUCAUAUCGCAGAUAGUCCUAUCAAUCAUACGCAGCUGGCAAGUGGGCGACUUUGGUGUUCUUAUCUCCAGCUACUACUAAUCGCCAUCCGCCACUGAGUUGAGCAUUUCCGCGGAGGUGCAUCCACUAUUCUCUGGGAGGGAUUCAUAAAACGGUUCGGCCGUCUGGAGUCACAGCUUCAAGACUGUUCUCAAGACUGUUCCUGGCACUAGAGCUUUCUUCGGAAGUCGAAUUUUUUCGAGAUUGUCCAAACCCGACUCCAGGAGACGUCUGAAUCAACUACAACCUGCACUGUUCGCAGUGGCGACUCACCAUCAUGCGGGAUGCAUCAGAUCCUAGCUCCCCUGCGCCCUUAUUGACGGCCGUCAACGUCGAGUCGCAGGUGCAUCUGAUCAUUGGAGCCAACCCUUUGGCUGCAGCCCGAUGCGCGAAGAGCGUCGAGGCUGGCGCAAAGCCCAUUCUGAUCACUGUGGAACCACAGGACGGGCUGCAAUAUACGCUUCUUGAGCGGAUUGAGAAUGGUUUGGUGCAAUGGAUUCGCCGCGAUUUUCAAGACGAGGACCUGACCAGUCUGGGGAGGGAAGAGGUCGAUCGGGUGGUUGACACAGUCUUUGUCACGCUGGGUGGAAGUGAUCCGCGCAGUGCACACAUCUCCAAGCUGUGUCGUCGGCUCCGGAUCCCGGUGAAUGUGUCCGACGCCCCCGAGCUUUGCACUUUCACGCUUCUGUCGACAUAUUCCGACGGACCCUUGCAUAUCGGCAUCACCACCUCGGGACGCGGGUGUAAAUUGGCAUCCCGGUUGCGGAGAGAGAUCUCGUCCUCGCUCCCAUCGAAUCUCGGAAGUGCCAUUGAUCGAUUGGGCGCCGUAAGGAAACGGCUCUGGGCCGAAGACCACGCAGCUGGACUGUGUGAUACGACCAUCGAAGGUGACGAGGACGACUCCACGGGCCAGCGCCAUACCUUCAACACCUUAGUGACCGAAGACGACAUUUCGGCUGCCAAAACCCGACGUGUCCGCUGGCUCUCCCAAAUCUGCGAAUACUGGCCUCUUCGAAAGCUCGCCGCCAUUACGGACGCCGACAUUGAAACUAUCCUUGAGGCCUACUCAGCGGGCCAAGAUCAACCUAACCACAGCCCAAACGAGUCGAACACUCUUGCUAGACGGGGAAAGAUUGUCUUGGCGGGUUCCGGCCCAGGCCAUCCAGAUCUUCUCACGCGUGCCACGUACAACGCAAUUCAGAACGCCGACCUCAUUCUCGCCGAUAAACUCGUGCCUGCCCCGGUUCUGGAGUUGAUCCCCCGCCGGACGGAAGUUCACAUCGCGCGCAAAUUCCCGGGUAAUGCGGACCAAGCGCAGGAGGAGUUCCUGCAGAUGGGACUGGAAGCGCUCCGCCGAGGCCGGCACGUCCUCCGUCUCAAGCAGGGAGACCCCUAUCUCUAUGGGCGGGGCGGCGAAGAAUUCGAGUUCUUCCGCGGUCAGGGUUACGUGCCUAUCGUGCUGCCGGGCAUCACCAGUGCCCUGAGUGCGCCGCUCUUUGCCGAGAUCCCGGCCACCCACCGCGGUGUGUCGGACCAGGUGCUGGUCUGUACGGGCACGGGGCGCAAGGGCGCCGCCCCGGCUCCUCCGACCUACGUGCCGACCCAGACAGUGGUCUUCUUGAUGGCGCUGCAUCGACUGUCGGCCUUGGUGGAGUCUUUGACCACUGUGUCACCGACGGACGACAACGAUGGGGCGUCGCAUCCGUCCAGGACGCCCUGGCCGAAGGAGACGCCCUGUGCGAUCAUUGAGCGGGCGUCGUGUACUGAUCAGCGAGUGAUCCGGUCAACUCUGGAGCAUGUGAGUGCUGCGUUCGAGGCAGAAGGGUCCAGGCCACCUGGGUUGCUUGUUGUGGGGAGUAGCUGUUAUGUCCUGCAUCCGGCGCAGGGACAGAAAUGGGUGGUCGAGGAAGGAUUCCGGAGCUUGGAUGAACUGUGCGUGGAGACGGGAGGUGGCAGCGCUGCUGCUACGAGCCCGUGAUUGUGUUGUACGUUGUUACGAUUGUUGCAUAGAUACCCCUAGACGAUGCA